AUGCCUUACGAUCUUAGAGUCGCUAUCCCGACCCUUGUCGGCAGCCUGCUGUCUUGUGUUGCAACCUCUUGCGUUCUCAUAUCGUACAUCGUAUACGCUGAUCAGCAACGAUCUUUUCGACACGCACUUGUUUUGAACCUUGCUUUAGCGGAAUUCAUCAACUCGCUGAACAACUCAACAUCCGGCAUUUAUGCAGUUGCCAACAAUGGUUCCAUCACCGCGGGUCCCGCGUGUAGCCUCAAUGGCUGGGUCGGUCAGUGGUCUGUUCAGGCCGCAGACUUUUCGAUCCUAGCCAUCGCUAUCAUAACACUUCUUACAAUCACCCGCAAAACCUACAUGCCCAACGCCUCCCUCCUCAGCAAGGUCCUCAUUUGCGCGUCCGUCUGGGUGGUUCCUACUAUUACAUCGACUACAGCCGCAGGAUUGAAGGAAUUGAAACCUGUUAGCGGCAACUGGUGCUGGAUAUCGGGCAAGAGAACGGACCUGCGUUACGCGCUCGGUCACGGGUGGAGAUUCAGCAUCAUAUUUGGAACCGUUGGGAUCUACGUCUACGUCUGGAUAUACAUGAGGCGACACUUCAUACAGCUGAAUAAUCUCAAUGAAGGAAGAUCAUACGGCCAGGGAAGCGCUGCCAAAGCUUCCAAACGCCGCACAUUCCACCGAGACAACGCGAUUGAGUUGAGGAGCGAAUCGCAAACAGAGCUACACGAGAUCAAUGUCGAGUACCGCUACGAAGUGAAGCAUUCUGAUGGUAGAAGUGGCACUAGUCUCGGAAAAGACGACAUCGAAUCCUCCGUGGGCGACCUGGAAAGAGACGACAGACGACCUAGCGAAAUUACAAUUUCUUCUCCAAUGUCGCCGAAAAGCCUUUAUAUCAAGGGUAGUUCAGGUGCGUCUUCCUUUCCUGCGGCUAUGUGA